UUUUCGUUACAGUGGAACCUGGUUUGUGAUAAAGAAGGCUUGGCGGAAUUAACACAAUCUUUAUUUACUGCAGGCCAAGGAGCUGGUGCUUUGAUAUUUACGGCCUUUGCAGAUAAAAUAGGUCGGAAACCAGUUCAUGUUGGCUGUACAUUUUUCCUCAUGCUAUGUGCGUCCGGAAGUGCACUCUCACCAAACAUAUGGGUCUUCGCAGCGCUUCGAGUUUUAGGUGGAGCUUUUCAACAGGGUUCCGCUAUUCCUGGUUAUACCAUGAUUUUGGAGCUGUUUCCUGCCGACAAACGAACACUGAUUUCAUGCAUACUGGGGGUUUGGUGGGGUAUGUGUGUUAUGAUCCUAGCGUUGGUUGCCUAUCUCAUGAAAUAUUCAGAAUGGAGAUGGCUGUGUGCCGUUUUGGGGUUUCCAGGGAUCGUAUGCGUAUUUGAAAUUUGGUACUUAAGAGAAAGCAUUCGAUGGUUGUUCACAAAAGGGAAAAUUGUAGAAGCCGAAAGAAUUGUGAAACGCGCUGCAAAACUUAACGGAGUCGAUUUCGAAGCGGCAUGGACAAAAUGUCUGAAAUCUAAUGAAUCUGCUAUGGAAAUGCAUCGAUUAGGUGAACAGUCCAAAGAACUGAUUGACAGAAAUGGAACAAACCCUGAAGACGAAGCCAAAGUUCAUCCUAAAGAAACUGCGCUUGGAUUGUGGACCAUGAUCAAAUACAGAACAACCAGAAACAUGACACUAGUUAUCAUGUUCGCAUGGCUGAUUACCAGUGUGACAUAUUUCGGACUAUACUUGACCUCCAGUAGUUUGUCUGGAGACCGUCAUUUGAAUUACUUCCUCACUGCAUCCAUGGAACUUCCCUCCAGUUUCGUCCUCUACAAAUUAUUCAUGUUAUUUGGACGGAAGAAAGCCAUCAUAAUUCUCAUUGCUACCUCAGCUGUGACAUUAUUAGCCGUGGCAGUUCUGAAAUCAAUCGGUGACAGUCGCGCCAUCAAUACUUCUACAAUAGUUUUUUCUUUGCUUGGAAUGCUUGCUAUCAGUGGUGCCUUUGCUGGUUUAUGGUUAUAUACUCCUGAAAUCUACCCAACCACAUUAAGGAAUGCUGGAAUGGGUGUAGCCUCAGCUACAGCACGUAUCGCGAGCAUGAUCUCUCCUUACACAAGAAUGCUGGCUGCGCGUGUUGUUUGGGGCCCAGCACUUGUAUUUGGUGCUGGGUGUUUCAUUGCAUCGAGCUUGCUAUUGACUCUUCCUGAAACGCAUAAUAAACAACUACCACAGAAUUUGGAUGAAAUGCUGAGCUUCAAACGGGAGUGCGGUAAAGGAGAAGGUGGAAAGAAGAGGAAAAAUAUAAGUUCGAAAAGAUAUGCAAAUAAAUGA